GGGUCAAAAUUUAGUUUAUAUUUAAAAUGAAAAGAUAUCAAAAGAUAUUAUGAUUAAAAUAUUUUAAAAAUUCUAUUUAUUAUUAGUCUGAAUUAAAAUGUAGUAUGAAUUUAUAUGAAUAGGUCCAUUAGGUUCAUUUUUAAAAAAAUUACACAUGAAUCAAGGUUGUGACUUAUCUUUUAAUAUAUAAGAUAACACCAAUUUUAACGACGUUAAAAACGCCAACUAAACCCUAAAUCCAAACCGUAACCCUAAAUCCUAAAACUAAACCCGAACUCUAUACCCUAAAACCCAAACCUAAACCCUAAACCCGAACCUAUACCCUAAAUCCAAACCAUAUACCCUAAAACCUAAACCCUAAACCCAAAUUCAAUACCCUAAAACACAAACAUAAACCCUAAACCUAAACCCUAUACUCUAAAUCCAAACCCUAUACCUUAUAACCUAAACCCUAGAUCCAAACUCUAUACCUUAAACCCAAACCCUAUACCCUAAACUAUAAACCCUAGAUCUUAAAUCCUAAACCCAAACAUUAGACCUUAAAUUCAACCUUAAACCCUAAACCCAAUUCUAUACCCUAAAUCAUGAACUUAAAUUGUAGAUUCUAAAUCCAAACCUUAAAUUCUAAAAGAACAAUAUCAAUAUUAAUCCAAAUAUUUAGGUUUUGCAUUUGGGUUUAGGAUUUAAAAUUUAGAUUUAGGGUCUAGGAUUUGAGUUUAGGAUAUAGGGUUUGGAUUUAUGGUUUAUGGUUUAAAUUCAAGAUUUAAGGUUUGGGUUUAUGAUUUAAGAUCUAGGGUUUAGAAUUUAGGAUCUAGAGUUUCAAUUUAGGGUAUAUAGUUUGGGUUUAGGGAUUAGGUUUUAAGGUAUAGGGUUUGGAUUUAGAGUAUAGGAUUUGAGUUUAGGGUUUAGGUUUGGGUUUUAGGGUAUAGAAUUUUGAGUUUAGGGUUUAGGUUUUAAUGUAUAGGGUUUAUAUUUAGGGUAUAGGGUUUGAAUUUAGGGUUUAGGUUUGGGUUUAAGGGUAUAGAGUUCGGAUUUAAUUGUUUAGAGUUUAGGGUUUAAGGUUACGGUUUGGAUUUAGGGUAUAGGGUUUGGGUUUAGGGUUUCGGUUUGGAUUUAGGGUAUAGGGUUUGGAUUUAGGGUUUAGUUGGCGUUUUUAACAUCGUUAAAAUUGGCAUUAUUAUUAUUAUUUUUAAUUAUUUUGAUUUUUUAAAAAUUAUUUAAUUAUUUUUAUCUAUUAAUUUAUAUGACAAUAUGAUUGGUUCUUAGAAGUGAGGUAAAUUUAAAAGUUCACUCUAGAAGAUAAACCUAAGUUUUUUAUUAAUAUCUUCAGUCUGUAUCUAAUUUCCUUUGUCUAUUAAAUGGAAAACAAACAAGAAUAUCAAAUAGUUUUGUCGUCUGUUAGUUUUACAGGUAAGCUUUUGAGCACCACUCAGAUCAACCUUUUUCAUAAAAUUCUAGACAAAUAAACAAAAAUAUUACUGAGAUUUCUAAUUAUUUUUUAGACUGAAAAUUGUAAUGUUACCAUUUAUAGUUUUAUUUUAUUAAAUCUUUAAUACAAAUCAAUAUAACUAUUUUUUGCCAACAACAACUAUUAUAAUAUGAAUUUUAUAAUUUACUAUGCCAAAUGUUGAUGUAAGAAAACUAAUAUGCUAAAGUUAGCACUAUGUGUUAUCAUCUUCGCCUAUGAUAGUAGUAAUUGACAGAUGUUUUGUAUAAUUUAUUGAAAACUGGCAACUCUAAAAGCAUUUUAACAAAUGUAAUAUUUUAGUUUUCAAAAUGAUUUAUAGUUUACUAGAUUUGACUAUAUCUAACUAUUAUACAAUUCUGCAAACUUAUAUUUCAUCCUAAAAUAACAAGGCAUAAUAGAAAGUUCAAAAUUCCAGGAAAGAACGAUGCAUGGUGUAAAUAGAACCAUUUACAUAGAAGAUAUAUAAAUAAGUGAAUAGAAGAUGGUACACGAUACAUACUAUCAAACAAACUAAGCCAACUAGCUAAAGUCACUUGCUCAAUACAUUUUAUCAGUCUCUCUGUAAGAAAAAAAAACACAAUGCCAAGAACCAUGUGGAAAGACUUCCAUCUUUGUUUUCCAACAAAUCUCAUCAAGCCCUCCUCCGAGGCCGCCACCUCCUCCCAAGAACCGAACCGGCCAUCCAUUCUUCUCAUCAACAACUUCAACCACCUUUACGACGAUUCCACAGCCACCGGCCGCGGCAUAUCUAAGCCUAUUAUUGAAGUCAUUCCACCUUCCUCCAUUACAACCGCCACGACAUUCACUGCCUCCACCUCCACCUCCACCUCAACCACCGGUAACUCUUCCUCCUCCUCCUCCUUGUAUGAGUCUCAUAAUUACGGUUUUGCCCCUGAAGACUCUCCCCCUCCGGACUUAACCGCCGUUCUUGCCACACGUCGCUUCUUCUUCUCUUCCCCUGGCCGUUCCAACUCAAUCACCGAUUCUCCGGAUCUCCGUCCCCGGUUUGAAUACAAAACUUCCACCACUACUACUGCUGCUACUAGGCUUCUAACCGGGGGAGCCGCCGUGAAACAAUGCGUGCAAUCUCCUGAUCCUUACAACGACUUCCGCCGAUCAAUGCAAGAGAUGCUUGACGCCGUUACAGACGCAGGAGAUGCUCGCCGUUACGAGUUCUUGCACGAGCUGUUACUUAGCUACCUCUCAUUGAAUGCAGAAGAUACACAUAAGUUCAUUAUCAGAGCUUUCGCCGACGUUCUCGUAUCUCUCUUAUCCGACGGUCACCGGACUAACUGACGUGGCAAAUCCUCAUGCUGCGUAAAAAAAUAGUCAUGUUUUGGGAUUAGCGCUUUAGGAUUAAAAAAAUAGGUAUCACAAUACUAAAAGCACAAUAUUCUGAAUGGUGAGGGUGUCCACGUCACCAAAUAAAAUCGACCAAUUGAAAAUCACUAACAUGCCAAGUCACUUUUCUGCCACUGAAUAAAUCGGGCUAUUGUAAUAUCCAUUUGCUUUCUAUUUUUUUUUGUCCAGCCUACUAAGAAGCCCACGUUAGAAACUAAACUUUUAUUACUCCUUUCAUUCUUUGUGCCGAUUUAUGGGAUUCACUUUUUUUUUCUCAUCUGAAGAAGAAAGAUGUUAUUCACAACUCAACUCUUCAACUGUUUAUCUUCUUCCACCUCUCUCUCUCUCUCUCCAUAACUCAUAAAAGCCCUUCUUCACCGCAACAGACGUGGUCCUUGGAACCGUUGCAAUUCCCUUCCCUUUUCACCAUAUCGAAGCAAAUCACGCAGUGGCUUCCAGAACUGCAAAAUCCACCUAGAAAAAUAAAUCUAGAGUCUCAUUAACCAAAGAAAUCUACUGAUUUGCUGAUCACUCUCGAACCAUUUGUUUGACUCACAUCUCUGACCUUCCCGAGUUGGAAUACACCCGUAUGUUCAUUGACGCAGAUGGAUUCUGAUUCCACUUAUUCAAAGAGUUUGAAGCUAAUUUUGGGCGCAGAGGCGAUCUCUAUUCGGUUCUGAUUUCUUCUUAUUGAUUCUCUGAGUUUAGGGUUCUAAACGAUUCGUUUGAUUAAUUCAUAAUGCUCAUGAUUGACACUUGGGGAAAUGAGUUUGCCUGAUGCAAUUUUCUUUUGCUGCAGUUAAUAAACCACAAAACAUAUGUUAAAUCAAGGUUAAAAUGUGGGUGGAACAGAUGGAGGCAGCAAACUACUCUUGGAAGAACCAACAACCAAUGUAGUUUUUCAGAUUACAUCUCAUCUAAGAAAUGAGAAUAUCACAUCUGUUGAUGAUCAUCUUCAUGAUAUCUCCAAGUAAGCUAAAUACACAUGAACCAAAAAAACUACAAACAUUUGUUUAGACGAUGGUAGCAUCUGACUGUAAUUGCAGGGACUGGCUAUACUCUGAAGUUUCAACUGAAUACAGGUAUGUGAUAUAGCUAAUUAGAGUUUUGCUUUCAUCAUCUUCAGUUAAUGUUAUUAAUUUGUUGUGUCUUUUGCUAGCCCGUGGAACAACUUUUAUAUAUUGUACUGUAGUAUUGAUUUUUAAUUUUUAUUUUUGUAACUCUCAAUAGAGGCUUACAGUAUUACCUUAUGAUAUGUGUCGUAUUCUAGGUUACAUACUACAAGAUAUGAUAAGAGGAAGAACAGUUCGAUGCAAUAGUUUAGGAUGGCAUUGUCAUAUGAUCCAUUGUGUUGGGAAACAUAUGGAGGAAUUUGUAGUUUAGGUAAGUUAAAGCUUUGUAUGAGUUUUUUUGUUUUGUUUAUCAGUUUAUGUUUUCUGGUUGUUACAGCUUUGUAUGAGGAAUCUGAGCGUCACAGGAGUGGUUAAAUAGCAACAAGGAGAAAGAUUCCCAUGUAGCAGUCAUAUGGAGAGCGCCAAAAACUGUUUCGAUGAGAUAGCAGUGAAGGACGUUUGUUUCUGGACUGCUCUCAUCUAUGAGUAUGCCAAACUUAUGUUUUUCAGCUAGAGAAUUAUGAUUGGUCAUGUUUCUUCAAGAUGUUUACUUCAGACGCAGUAUCACCAUAACUAUGACCUAAAGAAAGCCGUUAAAUUUUAUGUAGUCAUGAUAAGUAGAAAUAGUUAUGUUUUCAGAGAGCUUAGGUUGUUUGGUUGUGAAGCUGCAUAUAUUGUAUUAUUUAAAUCUAGAGCUCUCACCUUAUUACCACCUCUAUCAGUUUCAGGUACCAUGCACCAUCAGAAGCUGGUGCAGAUAUUCUUUUGGAUUCUUUGAGAAUGGGAACACUUACUGCUGCGCAAAACAUCUUAUUGGAUGGAGACUUACUAUCUAUUCACGAGAAUAAUGCUUCAAGAGCCACCAUCGAAACAUUUUCAUCAACUUCUCCCUUUGCUUCUUUUUCAAUGAUGGAUUUAUAGGACGUAUUUGCUCCUCCACCUCAAAAAGCUGGCACAUCGUGGUUUGUAUGAUGUUGGUAUUUCUCUUAUAUAUGUUCCAUAAAUGUGAUGGUGACAUUACUUUUAUUGGAUGACAGGGGAUAAGGGUCCAACAUUUCCGUCCAUUUUUGCAUUGGAGAGCAGCACUUAGCAAAUAUAAUAUGCCAUUUGAAUUGCGAGGUACCAUUACAAGCUUAAUAUCUACAAGUUCUAUUCCGUGAAAUAACUCCAAUUUCGAAUCAUUCACGUGCUUUCACAGAUCUUACUCUAGACGUGUCCACUUUAUUUUAAAGGCUGCAGUUCCAAAAGCCAGGUCCCAAAUUUGUUUUUAUGCUUAAUGUUAUAAUCCUUACGCUUCAUAGUUUAUUCCACACAAUAUUUCCUAAUCAAAAUGCCUCCAUAGAGUUUGGUUCUUAGCUAAAUCGGUCCAAGCUUUUAUAGCAUGAUAAACUAUUGUUUUAGCAAAUUUCUUACUUCAUAAAUUAUAACAAUAAUUGAGAGAA